AUGGUUGCAGCUGGUGCUGGCGGUGGUGUUCAUGAUGAAUUGGCACAAUUGAAGUCGUUGAAGGAGAAGAAGGGUGACUUCGAGUCGUCUUGCAAAGAAGUGGAUAAUGUUGAGAAGAAAACUCAGAUCGAGAAGGAUCUACUUGCCGCUGGAAAAGUGAAGGCCAACGCUGACAGGUUCAUUUCCGGAGCUGCCCUCGAGAAUUCCGAUGACGAAAGUGAGAGUGCUGAUCGUGACCCGAACAUCAUUAGAAACAGCAAAAAGGCUCAAAAAGUGGAGCUCAAUUUCGAAAAUGUUGGAGAUAUUAAAAAUAAGUGGAAGGAGGGAAAUGUAGAGACUGCUGAAGCCAAAGAAGCGGCUGAACGGAAGGAGUUGGAGGCGUUGAAGGGCGGAGUCUCCGUGAAGGACCGAUUCAAAGAACGCGAUGGAACCGACGACCAGGUUGUGGAGCGUAGCUGGAAUAAAGAUGAGCUUAGCACGUCAGCUGCCGCCGAGGCUCGCAAAUCCUUCAUGGCUGGAAGUGCCUAUGAUGCAGCGAAUCCAGUCGAGAAAACCGUCAAAGAUCUGGAUGAGCUCAAGUUCUCUCAACUUAAAGGAUUCAAGGAUCGAUUCGAGAAAGGAGAAGAGGGUGUGGAGAUUCAGAAGACGCAAGUGGAUUUGGGAGAAGGCGUUCAGUUGGGAAAUAUCAAGGCAACGUUCGAGAAAGGAGUUGUGGAUGAAUCGGAGAUGACAGCAGAGGAGAGGGCUGAUCUGAAGAAGAGAGAGAUUGAAGCAGAGUUCCAGAGAUAUAAAUUGGCACGGAAAUCGGCGAAGGCACAAGAAGAGGAAGAGGGAGCGGCCGGAGUGGAGAAGGCGUAUAAUCCAGCUGAGGUGGAGGUUAAGAUGGCCGGAAAAGCCUUCGAAAAAUUCCGUCAAAUCGAUGCAUCUGGAGCCACACCAGUCCUUCCAAACCAAAAGAAAUCAACAGAACCAUCGAAAUGGGAUAAGAAGGAUGAUAAGCCAGUCGCUGAGGUUAUCAACAGAAGAACAGUUGAGGAUGAUGGACCAGAAGAACAAGACGAUGACGCGUUUGAUGUUAAGAAUCUGAUGAACAAAUUCAAGAAUAUUGGAGAAUCAGGAAAUCAAAAGACGCAGACAUCGGAGCAUCGGGCAGAGUUGGAAGCUUUGAAAACUGCGGCGAAGGAUUUUAAAGCCAAGUUUGAGAAUAGUGGAGAAGCGGAUGCUGAUGCGGCUGUUGUUGAAGCCAAGAGACAACAGAUGGAAGAGGAAUUCGAGGCGUUGAAGAGAGAACGAGAAGAGGCUCAGAAGCGUCUGGAAGAGGAGCGUCUCGCCGAAGCGGCCGCCUCUCAAGGAAACGAAGCACGCGAUGAAGACGUGGCCAUCAAAGCAGAGCACGCGUCGAAGAUGACCGCUAAAUGGGAGAAGAUUCAGCAGAAAGAGGCGAAGAAGGCCGAGAAGGGAAAGAUGCCAGAGAAGAAGGCUGGAAAUGGGAGAUUCUGCCUCCCACCACCCGACAAAUGCUCAUUGUGCACCAAGAAUGUGUACAGGGCUGAACAAUUCCAGUGCUUUGGGUUACUGUACCAUGUGAACUGUUUCAGAUGUUUUGAUUGUAAGCAGGCAUUGAGAGUCGAAAAAGCGCAUCGCUGUCAGAAAUCUGGAGAUCUCUACUGUCGAGUGCACUUCAAAUUGAUGGAGGAGAACCAGAAUCGAAAAAUGUUGGCGGUGGAGGAAAAUAAUAAUAACAAUGAAGCUCAUGUAGAAGAUCCUACCCAUGAAGAACAAGUUGCUGAUAUUUGA